UGGUGCUGUAUGGGGAGACGCAGAGUCGCCGCUGCUUUGGUGCAGAAUGAGGCAUGAGUGCUCUCCGGUACUGCGGCAAUGGGAAGGCCUCUGAUUGGCUCCCCGGACGGGAACAGGAUCGAGGUGCCGUCGACAUCGCGUGCUCCUACAAACUUCUUCCUCGUGAGGUCUGCGUACAUGACUCGGAUGUACCUAAAGCUAUAGGCAGAUAUGCUCACCUCUCGCUGUGAUGGACGUGUGUAUCGUGCCGUCGCGCCAUACGUCCGACGGCUGCGGGCGUCGAACAGACACUACGCCUCGGUAGCAGACCUUUCAUCUCUGCCCAGACAGGGGGACCAUCUGCAUGGCUUUACGCUGCAGCGAACGAAGCAUGUCCCUGAACUGGAGCUGUCUGCCUUGCACUUCCGGCAUGACAAGACUGGCGCGGAUUACCUUCACAUCGCUCGUGAGGAUAAGAAUAAUGUCUUCGCCAUUGGCUUCAAGACCAAUCCGCCAGACGCCACCGGCGUGCCGCAUAUACUGGAGCAUGUCACGCUUUGUGGCUCGGAGAAGUAUCCGGUCCGCGAUCCCUUCUUCAAGAUGCUUCCGCGCUCUCUACAGAACUUCAUGAACGCCAUGACUAGUGCUGAUCACACAACGUACCCUUUCGCUACUACUAACCCGCAGGAUUUCCGCAACUUGAUGUCUGUCUACCUUGAUGCCACCCUCCAUCCGCUGCUCAAGCGAUCAGACUUCGUGCAAGAAGGCUGGCGUAUAGGGCCCGCGGACCCACGCGCAAGCGAUGCACAGCAUCCGGACGAUCUGAUCUUCAAGGGCGUAGUGUACAACGAGAUGAAAGGCCAAGUGUCUGACUCGACCUACUUGUUCUACAUACAGUUCAUGGAGCAUAUUAUCCCUGCCCUCAACAACAGUGGCGGUGAUCCAAGUAAAAUGACCGACCUUACCUAUGAGCAGCUCAACAGAUUUCACAAGGCUCACUAUCAUCCUAGCAACAGCAAGAUUGUUACAUAUGGUAACCAGGAUUUGGAGCAGCAUCUUCAGUACAUAGGUCAGAAGCUGGACGGCUUCGAUAAGAUCAACAUCGACACUGAUAUCAAAGAUGCGGUCACCCUUGACAAGCCGGUAGAAGUUGUGGUAAAGGGUCCCAUCGAUCCACUUGUGCCGCCGGAGGCUCAAUACAAAUCUUCAAUCUCCUGGCUUACUGGUAGCCCGGCGGAUGUUUACGAAUCGUUUGCGCUGCAGGUUGUCAGCAGUCUUUUGCUGAACGGCUAUGGAGCGCCGCUCUAUCGUGCGCUUAUAGAAUCCGGUCUGGGAACGGACUUCUCACCAAACACUGGCUACGACUCGUCAACCGGACGGCGCGGUAUCUUCACCAUUGGGUUGACCGGAGUGAGCGAAGACAACGUGCCUAAUAUGAAAGAGCUGAUCUAUGCCACUCUCAAUGAACAGGCAGAUCAAGGGUUUGAGAAGCAGAAAGUUGACGGCAUCCUGCAUGCGCUUGAGCUUUCGCUAAAGCAUAAGACUGCCAAUUUCGGACUAGGCAUAGCUCAGGCGCUGACUGGCAGCUGGUUUAACGGUGUCGAUCCGUUUGCAUCGAUGGACUAUGGCAGUAUUAUCAACCGUUUCCGCGAAGACUGCGAGGAAGGCCCAUACCUAGAGGGCCUGAUAAAGAAGUAUUUGCUUACUGACCACACGCUCACUUUCACCAUGGCGCCAAGCUCAAGCUUCGGCGCCGAAAUCGUUGCGGAGGAGGCAGCGAGACUGAAGUCCAAAAUCGAGGAGACUGUCAAACAAUUCUCAAGCAAAGAAGAAGCACAUCAGCACUUACGCGACCGAGAACUCGAGCUUCUCGAGGAGCAAGACAAGGGUAAGACGGAGAAUGUCGACCUGCUACCCACUCUGCACGUCACCGACAUCGAGCGUCAGCAAUCCUGGUUUGAAGUACGAGACAGCGCGCCCGAUGAGUGGACCAAAGUACAGUGGCGCGAGACAGCCACGAAUGGGCUGACGUACUUUCGAGCACGGACGCUGUUCGAGAAUCUACCCGAUGAGCUGCGUAUGCUUGUCCCGCUGUUUUGCGACAGCCUGAUGCGCAUUGGUACGAAAGACAAGUCCAUGGAGCAGCUUGAGGAUGUUAUCAAGCUCAAGACGGGCGGUAUCAGUUUCGGGUACAAAUCAGGUACUUCCCCUUACGACAAUCUCCAAGCGAGCGAAGGCUUUAGCUUGAGCGGUUACGCGUUUGAUCACAAUGUUCCAGCUAUGUACGAGUUGUUUCAGACGAUUCUGGUUGAGACGGACUUCGACGCACCGAAAGCGCAUGGAAUGAUCAAGGAGUUGCUCCGGGCUGGCGCUGAUGGGGCUGUUGAUGGCAUCGCGAGCAGUGGGCAUGGCUAUGCUGCUCGGUAUGCGCGGUCAGGGCUCAGUUUGAGUAGCAAGUGGUCCGAGCAGAUUGCUGGGUUGACACAAGUUAAGCUCAUCACUAGCUUAGCCUCAGCCGAGGACAACCAGGACGCGAUGAACAGCCUCAUAGGCAAGCUAAAGACGAUUCAAGCCAUUGCAGUGACAAGCAUGAAGACGGACCUGAGAGUCGCCCUGACCUGCGGCAGCGAGGCGUCCAGUGCCAACGAGACGGCUCUGCAGCGGUUUCUGGACCGUACACGAGCCAGACACUUCGACACACCGCUCCCUGAUUUAGCUACUUCCCGCAUGGCUCAGGCAUACCCUUCGCUCGGCCAACGCACCUUCUUCCCCUUUCCAACCUAUCAAGUCUCGUACACUGGCCUGGCACUUCCUACCGGACCCUACACCUCCCCCGCCACGGCGCCCUUCGCCAUCCUCGCUACGCUGCUGACGCACAAACACCUGCACCACGAAAUCCGCGAGAAGGGUGGAGCUUACGGCGCCGGCGCGUCCACGAACGGCACCGCCGGUUACUUUGGCAUGUACUCUUAUCGUGACCCGAACCCGGUGAACAGUCUGCAGAUCAUGCAACAUGCUGGUCGCUGGGCUGCGGAGCGGGAGUGGAGUGAUCGGGAGUUGGAGGAGGCGAAGUUGAGUGUUUUCCAGAGCGAAGAUGCGCCUGUUAGUGUCAAUCAGGAGGGCAUGACGAGGUUUGUGCACGGGAUUGAUCAUGAGAUGGAGCAGAGGAGGAGGGAGUGGUUGUUGGAUGUUGACGCGGGACAAGUUAGGGAGGCGGCGGGGAAAUUGAAUGAGGCUUUGGAGGGGUUGGGAGGGGUUAACGUGGCGGUGUUGGGCGCGAAGAGGGACGUUGUGGAGGUGGGAGAGGGAUGGACGACGAGGGAUAUGGGGCUUGCGGUCAAGCAGGGAGGCGAAGAGGAAGAGCAGGAGGGUGCUUAGACAACUGAG